GAAUGAAAGACAUUAACACCUUGAGAAAGAAGAAAGUGACUGUUUUCAAAAGAAAAUUAACUUGGGCUCAUAUUCACAGGCCAUUAAAGAGAGGGUGUCAUGAUCCUGCUAAUUUAUAUGUCACUUUCAAUGCAUGACUCACCUAACUAGGCCGUCAGCACCUUACAGUCCCUGGAAAAGACACUUCACCCCUCACACCUAGGGUCAGAGCUGCCCAGAGGGAUCUGUUUUGCAGCUUGGAGUCUGCUCAUCUUUAGCAUCUUUAGAGUCCGCUUUCUCAGGCAAACAAAAGCAGGUGACUGGAGGUGUGCUUCAAAAAUUUCAGCAGUUCAGCAGUAUUUUAUCUGCCAACAGUAACCUCUUUACUUGAUUGCACCAUGAAUAAGCUGCUAAUGAGACUUGAGCACAAAAGUGGACUUGAAGAACCAAAAGCCAUUGUUUCCUAAUGAAGAAUCCUGAACGGUUUUAAGCCUCGAUGCUUUUCAGUCACUACUGAGAUUUACCCGUCACAUCAGAAUGGCAAGCAGGCGCAAAUCAACAACGCCUUGUAUGGUUCUUGCCAAUGAACAGGAUACCGACCUGGAGUUGGUAUCGGAUCUGGAUGAAGGUCCUCCAGUCCUCACGCCUGUGGAGAACUCCAGAGCGGCGAGCAGCUCAAGUGACGAGGAAGUUCACGAGUCUGUGGAUUCUGACAAUCAGCAAAAUAAAAAAGUUGAAGGUGGCUAUGAAUGUAAAUAUUGUACUUUCCAAACUCCAGAUCUAAAUAUGUUUACUUUCCACGUGGAUUCAGAACAUCCCAAUGUAGUGCUAAAUUCAUCCUAUGUUUGUGUUGAAUGCAAUUUUCUUACCAAAAGGUAUGAUGCACUUUCUGAGCAUAAUCUGAAAUAUCACCCAGGUGAAGAGAAUUUCAAGUUGACUAUGGUAAAACGUAAUAACCAGACAAUCUUUGAACAAACCAUAAAUGAUCUGACUUUUGAUGGCAGUUUUGUUAAAGAGGAGAAUACAGAACAAACAGAAUCCAUAGAAAUUUCUUCUUCAGGAAUCUCUAUCAGUAAAACUCCCAUUAUGAAAAUGAUGAAAAAUAAAAUAGAAAACAAACGGAUUACAGUUCAUCAUAACUCAGCUGAGGAUGUUCCUGAGAAGAAAGACAAUGAGAUCAAACCAGACCGUGAAGAAAAUGUAGAAAGUGCAAGUUCUUCAGCUUCAGAGUCUCAUACAAGUACUUCCAUUGUAAACAGAAUACAUCCAAAUGCUGCCAGUACAGUAGUGACCCCCACAGCAGUCCUUCCUGGACUGGCACAGGUCAUAACUGCAGUGUCAGCUCAGCAGAACUCUAACUUAAUUCCCAAAGUCUUAAUCCCCGUCAAUAGCAUUCCUGCCUACAAUGCUGCAUUAGAUAACAACCCCCUUUUACUUAACACUUACAACAAAUUCCCUUAUCCAACAAUGUCAGAAAUCACAGUUCUUUCUGCUCAAGCAAAAUAUACAGAGGAACAGAUCAAGAUAUGGUUUUCUGCCCAACGUCUGAAACAUGGUGUUAGUUGGACUCCAGAAGAAGUAGAGGAGGCAAGAAGAAAACAGUUCAAUGGGACUGUACAUACUGUUCCUCAGACCAUCACUGUCAUUCCUACGCACAUUUCCACGGGGAGUAACGGGUUACCCUCAAUUUUACAGACAUGCCAAAUAGUUGGUCAGCCAGGUCUGGUUCUUACCCAAGUGGCUGGAACGAAUACCUUACCUGUAACAGCACCAAUAGCCUUGACAGUGGCAGGGGUUCCCAAUCAGACAAAUGUGCAGAAAAGCCAAGCACCUGCUGCUCAGCCUGUUGCAGAAACAAAGCCAGCUGCUGCAGCAGUUCCACCUUCUCAGAAUGUCAAACCCGAGACGUCACUGGUAAACACUGAUUCAUUUGGCAUUCGGGCAAAAAAGACUAAAGAGCAACUGGCAGAAUUAAAAGUUAGCUACCUUAAAAAUCAGUUUCCCCAUGACUCAGAAAUUAUCAGGCUUAUGAAAAUCACAGGUCUGACAAAAGGAGAGAUUAAAAAAUGGUUUAGUGACACAAGGUACAACCAGAGAAAUUCAAAAAGCAACCAGUGCUUACAUCUCAACAGUGACCCCUCUACCACCAUCAUCAUAGACUCCAGCGAUGAAACCACAGACUCCCCCACUGCAGUUACUUCACAGCCUAAACAGGCCUGGAAUCCUUUUCCUGACUUCACUCCCCAGAAAUUUAAAGAGAAAACUGCAGAGCAGCUUCGCGUUCUUCAGGCCAGUUUUCUCAACAGCUCUGUUCUUACAGAGGAGGAAUUAAAUAGGCUAAGAGCGCAAACCAAACUUACCAGAAGAGAAAUUGAUGCUUGGUUUACAGAGAAGAAGAAAUCAAAAGCUUUAAAGGAAGAGAAAAUAGAAGUAGAUGAAAGUAAUGCAGUUAAUUCCAAAGAAGAAGCUGGAGAAACUUCUCCUGGAGAUGAGGCUGCCCCACCUAAGUCGGGGAGCACGGGCAAGAUAUGCAAAAAAACCCCAGAGCAGCUGCACAUGCUGAAGAGCGCAUUUGUCCGCAGCCAGUGGCCAUCCGCAGAGGAGUACGAUAAAUUGGCUGAGGAAAGUGGCCUUGCUAGGACAGACAUAGUUAGUUGGUUUGGGGACACUCGUUAUGCUUGGAAGAAUGGAAACUUGAAGUGGUAUUACUACUAUCAGAGCUCCAACUCCAGCAGCAUGAAUGGCCUGUCCUCCCAUAGGAAAAGAGGGCGAGGCAGACCCAAAGGGCGGGGGAGAGGGAGGCCACGCGGACGGCCGCGAGGAGGCAAAAGGAUGAACAACUGGGACAGGGCACCAUCGCUUAUAAAAUUUAAAACUGGAACUGCAAUCCUUAAGGAUUAUUACCUGAAGCACAAAUUUCUCAAUGAGCAAGACCUUGAUGAACUUGUCAAUAGAUCACACAUGGGAUAUGAGCAGGUCAGAGAGUGGUUUGCAGAAAGACAGAGAAGAUCUGAGUUAGGCAUAGACUUAUUUGAGGAAAAUGAGGAAGACGAAGUCGUCGAUGAUCAGGAAGAGGAUGAAGAAGAAACUGAUGAUAGUGAUACCUGGGAACCCCCUCGACAUGUGAAGCGGAAACUUUCCAAAUCAGAUGACUUAUAGCUGCUUAAAAUUUUGAAGGAGAAUCAAUUCAACAUAUCUGAUUUACUGUGAAUGGGCCCAAUCUUCGAUAACACUGAAAAUGUUUUGGGGAAUACAAACUCUCAAAAAACAGGAUCCAGUAUCCAAAAGAAAUGGAACUCAAUGUUGUGCCAAAGUUAAACUACUGCAGCUGAUGGAAGUUCUGCAAUGUAAAUAGAACAGUAAUUAAAAAACAACUUGUAAAAAUUCAAAUUUUAAUACAGUACAUUUUUAUUCUGUUAUAAUGGAGACAUUCUGAACUUUGGACUUUCUGAAGGGGUUUAAUGACCACUAGAGCUUGUCCUCAUAUUUAGUCCAGGUUACCAGUAUGUGUCUGGUAAGAUGGGCUAUUGCCUGUAUUCUUUGAUAUGUGAUUAAACUUACAGCUUUGAGUGACCAAACAUUUUAAAAAGUUAGAUGGCUGGGUGUGGUAGUACACGCCUGUAAUCCCAGCACUCGGGAGGCGGAGGC